AUGACUGCACGACCAGCUGACAAUGUUGAUUGCACGUCCGCAUCGCACGCGCGGAUGCACGCACGCGCACACAGUAUUCGCCUUGUGGUGAUUCGACGCCAGAUCGUCACUGCUAUUCGACGGGCGUUCAGAGUCUCAAAACAUCUGCGUGAUUGUGGCCUUCGACUGAAGACGCUAUCGUCGGAGAUGUUCAACCAAAUGGUUAAGCUACAUGGUCUCAUUGUUCUGAUGGUCAUGCUCUCCGUAUCAGCGAACCCGGACGACAGUCUGAAUAGAACACGGAGACAGACCUCUGCCAUGUUUACUAUAGGAGCCGUCCUUGACUCGCUGGACCACGGGACGGAACAGGCCAUGCUUAGUGGCCUUCAGACUGUGAAGAUGAUCUACUCCAAGGACGAUAGCCGUGGUCAACCACUCAUUAAGCCGGCAGUCAUCUGGAUUCCCAAAGAAAAGUUCCUCACAGCAACUAAUGACGCCUGCGAAUUGCUCAGGGUGGGAGUGGUGGCCUUCGUGUCGCCGCCCGACCCGUUAAUCCGUCAGUCAGUGCGGAUGGUCUCCAAGCAAUUCCACAUCCCCAUAAUCGAGACACACUGGGACACGGACCGCUCCAAUAGCCGAUUUGCCAUCAACAUCCAUCCCUCGCACGACGCCUUCGGGGACGCAGUCUUCGAGUACCUUUCCAGCUACUCCAAGUGGAAUCAUGUGGUACUCGUUCUGGCCGACUAUGGGAACAUAGUGAAGCACACGGCGUGGUUGAAUAACUUUGAGGGUACUUUGGUCAUCCGGACGCUUGGAGCAGACCGUUUCAAAUGGAAAGCCAUUGUCGCCGAAUUGGCAAGCUCCGAUGCACGCAACUUCCUGCUCGAUAUCCCCUACUGGUAUGCCAAGGACUUUCUGGUUUUGGCUUACGUCCACAACAUGACCGGAGAGCAGUACAACUACGUCUUCACCGACUGGGAUACCCAUCUUCUGGACUUGAGUGCCUUCAAGAUAGACGAUGGUGCGAGCAUAUCAACCUUCUCCAUUAUACCCAACGUCGGUGUUCACGAGCCGUAUGGACGUGGUCCGUUUGUCGAAAAUCUCCGUUCCACAAUCAACAAAAUCGAGCGCGCACAGAGGUACUCGGAUAUUCUCCCAUUCCUAACGGACCCCAUCACGGCACGACCGGGAGCGCUGACUUGUGACAGCGAGGGUGCUGUUUUUUGGCCGCAUGGGGAGCGCUUGGUGCGAGAGGUUAAAGCUGCUCUUCUCACGCUCACACCCUCUAGCGCGCUCACUCGGCACAGAACAAAACACCACGACAACGCGCACACCACCAACACCAACUACGCACUUAAUUAUCACCGCAAUCCCGGUUUGCCCGCAUUGUGGGCGAGGGCAGCGAUAGGCCUCUCGCUAACCCAAAUCCCCUCACAACGCCCGCCCUCUCAUCUCCACCUCCCAUUCCUGCAUCGCUUCACUCCUUUGGGGAAUUACGCCUUUGUCAGUGCAACCUGUGUUGGUCAUAAGUUUAACUCAUCGAAAAUCCCCACUAUAACCGGCCAGAUACUCUUUGAUCGUCACAGUUAUCGGUCAAACUUUAAUAUGAGUAUCCUUAGUUUGCAGAACUCAGGACUGCAAGAAAUUGGUUACUGGACGCACAGAGAUCGUCUGCAGAUUACUCACCCGAUAAAGAAGAAAAAGAAGAUCCCAAAGAAGCCGCUUACAACGGUCACCCUCAGGGUAACAACUGUUCCGGACACGCCAUUUGUAAUUCCCAAGAAGUUCGAUGCCUACGGCCAGCCUCUGAAGACCCCAGAUGCCUGGGAAGGCUACUGCGUUGAUCUUCUCAACCUCAUCUCUCAGGAUGUUGGCUUUAACUAUACCAUUGAUAUCACCAUGGAUCACUAUGGCUCACGUCACGUCAACGAAUCGGGCGAGGUCUACUACAACGGCAUUGUCGGCGUAGUACACAGAGGCGAAGCUGAUAUGGCCGUGGCAGCUCUGACGAUUACGUAUGAGAGAGAGCAGGUUCUGGAUUUCAGUACGCCCUUUAUGACCCUCGGUGGGAGUCUCCUUUUCAUGCGACCGAAAACUCAAAAGCCCUCAAUCUUCUCCUUCCUUCAACCGCUCUCACCUACCGUGUGGGCUUACGUGAUAACGACCUACAUCGUUGUCUCCGUUGGGCUCUUCCUGGUUGCUCGUCUCAGUCCCUACGAGUGGCAAAAUCCUCAUCCUUGCGAGGCCUUCUCGGAGGAAAAAGAGAAUCAAUUCACGGUGCUCAGCAGUUUCUGGUUCUUUAUCACACCUCUUCUCAAUCAAGGUACGGAGAUGGCUCCGCAUACCAUAUCCACACGACUACUGACGGGCAUCUGGUGGUUCUUUGCGCUGAUCCUCAUCUCCACCUACACAGCCAACUUGGCGGCUUUUCUGACUGUUGACACGACUGAAUUGCCCAUCGAGAGUGUGGAAGACCUCGUGGCUCAGACCAAGAUUAAAUACGGUACGCUGCAGUCCGGCUCCAGUCACGAUUUCUUUAAGUACUCCAGAAUCCCAGUGUUCCAAAGGAUGUGGGAGUUUAUGUCGAAGAACGAUGUUUUUGUUCAGAACACCGAGGAGGGCAUUGAACGCGUCCUCAAAGGCGACUACGUCUUUGUCCUCGAGUCAUCGUGGAACGAGUUCUACAACAAACGCGACUGCCGUCUCAUGCAAAUUGGCCGUCAGCUAGACUCCAAGGGUUAUGGCAUUGGGCUGCAACAGGGCUCCCCUUAUCGUGAUCCGAUAUCCGAGUCGAUUUUGAAGCUGCAGAAGGCUCAGACAUUGGACCAGUUGAAACGAAAAUGGUGGACCGAGUUUAACAUCUCAGAGCCCUGUGCUAAUGCCAAGGAGGGCAGCAAAGAGGCCAAACCCCUCGGCAUCGAACAGGUCGGCGGUGUUUUCGUUCUCCUCAUCAUUGGUUUCUUCUGGGCCUUCAUUGUCUCUGUCAUCGAAUUCUGCGUGCACAACAAGGCAUGCGUGAAAUCACAGGGAGCACUAUUCUCCGAAAUGUGGAAAGAGCUGAAGUUUGCAAUGCGUUGUAUGACGCCAUCAACUCGAGCCAAGUCUUCCACCCCUGUGAUCCACGAACCAACGCCAGUGUCGAUAACGGCGGCCCCCGAAAAACCCGAGCGGUCGGCGGAACAGGAGACCAUAGAACCGGUGUCGGUGCAGUCGCAGGGCAUGUUAACUGUACCGAUGGCUGAGUCUAAUGAGGCCCUGCUCUGUCCUAGCGCUAAUGAUACGUCAUCGAGUGGCGGGAGCAGUGUGGAGGAUACCUAUCCAUUACCAGUACCACCACCACCACCACCACUUCCUCCUCAAAACACCGCCGGCUCUCCAUGGUCUCAUUUGAAUAACACUCAGAAAAAAUUACCAUCCAUGGGUGAGGAUUGGUGGACAAUCAGUCAGAGUGCGACUUUGCCGAAGCUUGAAGAUCCGCUUUGUCCGAAACACCAGCCCAGGGAUCCCCGCGAGUGCAUUCAGAUGGCCAGUCAGCAGCGUAUGCCAGCGGUCAUGAUUGGUUUGGCUGAGCUCCGUCCCAACGUGGUGCAACUGCUGCAGGAGCAUAAUAACCACCUCUCCGUCAUGAGUUUUACACGCUGCUACGAGGAAACCUUUGGUCCACUGAACAAGGCUGAGUCGGUCAGCGAACAAACACACGACAAUGAUAAGAAGUCAAAUAAGGACUCCGUAUUAAUGAGCAACUAUGUUUCCCUGGAACACCUAAUCACCUGCGUGCCUGACGUGAGCAUCCAGCUUACUGCAAAUGGAAUAAGGGUUGUUACGUUAUCUCAGGAUAGUUCACAAGAAGUGACGGCGGUGUCAACCACCACGGAUAUGGCCUCUCAGGGCCUCACUGCCACCGAAGGUCUGCGCCAGUUCCGCCGCGAGGUGGUAGAUCUAGUGAAGCAGCAGGUGGGGUGCGCGCUGCCACUAAACAAAUUCACUCCCGCCUAUCACGCGCAUUUUGGCAAGCAGUGCCGCGUUUCCGACUAUGGAUUUGCUCGUCUCCAGGACCUUAUUGAAGCGCUGAGCGGAAUUGUCCAUAUCGUGGGCGAAGGACCUCUCCGUACCAUCAUGCUGACUCACGUGAUCCAGGUGCGCCGAUUCACACAUGACCUUCUGCGGCUGCUCAAGGGAGAACAGAAGAAGUGUAUCCCGAUUACCAAGCUGCCUCAGAUUUAUGAGGCUGUUUUCCACAAGCCCUUCAUGCCGUCAAACUAUGGGGUAUGUAGCAUACUCGAUCUCCUGAAUGACGUCGCAGAGAGCAAGCUGGUGGUGGAAAACUUGGAGGAGGAGGGUCCCAGCGUGGUUAUUCCACGACGCAUCCAAACCGCUGAGCAGAAGUUGCGUACCCAGCUCUUUGCUGUCGAGGUGGUGGACAUGCUCUCCACCAUGCAGCGCUUUCAGAUCGCCUUCACCAAGUUCAUUCCUGCCUACCACCAUGCUUUCAACCACCAAUGCCGCGUGGCAGAGUAUGGCUUCGCAAAAUUCAUCGAACUGCUGGAGGCAUUACCGCAUGUUGUGGAGGUGACGUACACAUCAUCUUUUAACGGUUUCAACUUCUCUGUCCAAGAGGAGAAUGGGGAAAGGUACGUCAGUCUAACCCCUCCUCUGCGUCUGGCUCUUAUCAGACAAAUGCUCCUAGAAAUCCUUGAAUCCCAGGUUCUCCACCGAUUGCCAAUGAGUGAUUUAUUGUCAGCAUUCGUGACUCACUAUCAGUUGAUCCUUCUGCCACAGGACUAUGGCUUUGGCACAUUAGAUGAGAUGUUCUCAUCGUUCCCCGAGGUCUUUCUUACUCAACAGCCGCCUCAGCGACAGCCCGAGUCCUCUACACCUCAUUCCAUUGCGUCUACAUCGCAAAAUCCAAUGCUCAGCAUGACUGGUGACUGUCCCAUUAUGGAGACAGCCAAGUCCGAAGAUAUGAAAACGCAAAGCCCACCCAGCACGGCAAUCUACGUCUGUCUUGUGGAUAAAUAUAAAACGAAGCAAACCGCCUAUCGCUGUCUGCAGAUCCUCUUCAACUCACCAUUUGGAUCUAUUCCCGAGGACGAAUUUAAAGAGCACUACCAGGCUACAUUUCAAGAGGAGGUGGAUCUUGACUUCGUCCACGAAGAAAUGAGCCCCUUCAUCUCGGUUAAAGACUAUAACGUCCAGAUGCAAGACCCAAUCUGUGCAGGGAUGAAACCUGCAGCUACAGAUUUGGGUGAGACUGAAGGGACAGUGAUGGGCUCUCGAAUGGUGCACCUCUGCCCACUUAUCCUGUUUGCGCGACAGCUGCGUUUCCUCUUGAUGCGCACUCGAGGUCGCCUGAUGCUUAACCUCAUGGAGCAGAUGUAUCGACGCCACUUCGGGGUCACGCUAUAUCCUGAAGCCUACGGAUACCCCUCCCUCCUCACUCUAGUCCAUGCCGUUAGCUUCGUUGUCGUGGUGAGGGGCAGAGGCGCGCGUGCCAUCCUCAUUCUUGCACAGGACUACUUGGGCAAGCUUGCAUGGAAUAUCGCGUAUAAAAUACCAUUUCGACAUGACUUAACCAAUCGUUACAACACUGAGACAGUGGAACCAAAGGACCUGUCCCGAUCGGCGGUACCAGGAAAAGAAUAUCUUCCACCAGCAAGUGAAGUAUAUCGACCUAUCCAGCGGCAGGUCACCACAGUGCCCUGGCGCUAUUCCAGUUGCAUGGCACAGGAUGGGCAAUUCAUGCAAACCACUGUGGGACCUACGGGAUUCGUAUCCAUCAAUGCUUUUCCAAGGGAUACACAACAGCCAACGGAGUACCCCCUAGCCGUAUCGGGCUUCUUCGUACCAGGUCCUGUAACACAAACCUGCACCCUGGCUCAGGCACCCAAUACACCAGAAUGUGUCGUUUACGACUAUCAGGGGCAAAAUCAAGAGCUUCCUACAGUACCAAACAAUCCCUUAAUUGGCCAUCCGGGAAUACAAUCAACUACCGACGUGUCCAAGUCGACACCAACUUACGUAUCAUUCUACAUUCCGAAUAGAGAAACAUCAGCACAAACCCUGCCACUGCCCGCAGGGCCAGUGUGGGGACAACCAACGGAACAGCAGUUGACACCGGCGCCACUUUACGCAUUCUCCAUUAAAUCACCUCUCUCGUCAUUACCACGACAACCACUGGCUUAUGGCUACACCGCACUAAAUAAAUCGAAUCCUGUAGCAUCCAUAACACAGCAUGAGACGGAAACGGGCCUCCUAUCGCAAAGCCAAAUCACCGUCCCUCUCAUGCCUACCAGUGUCUCCCAAGAGGAUGAAUACCUAAAGGAGACCGCGGUGAAUGAGCAGCAAGGUUUGAGUGAAGUACUAUCCUUGGGGAAUGACGAGAUGCAGCCGGCUUUCAACGGCACCAAUACAGGCUAUCACACGAUCCCUCUCUCCAAUGCAGCGGGCUGGUUGCCACAGGCGAUUCAACAAAUAUGGACACCAAGUCUGAUCUAUCAAAAUCCCCAAAUGCCAGUAAACAGUCGAACAGUUGAUGGACAAGUAGCGACACCCCAAAACGGAGCCUGGAUGGCAGACUGCAACCAGUGGCUAAGCCCCUGUAGGGUGGCUACACAAUGGCCACUAUUCCAGACGACUCCAAUGGGUAUUCAGCCUCCAGGUCAGCCGGCAUUUCCUGCCAUCGAUCCCCAACUUGCAAAUAACGAAACGGUGGUGUUUAACGGACAACUGUACAUGGGUAACGCGUUUACACUUGAGCACCCAUGCAGAUUAAAGGUUGGACCGGAUGUCAGUCUGUCCGUAAAUAGAUGUGAAGAAGGGGAUUGGACACUACCAAUAAGCAUGACUACUGAAUCUAUUGAUGUGAACUUAAAAGAGAAUGACGAGACUGGCAGCAUCGAAUAG